CCUACUCCUCUGUUUCCCCUCAAGUCAUGCCCAGUUCAUGCCAGAACUGAGGGCAGGACAAGGGCUGCUUCUCUUCACCCAGCCUGCCUAUAAUGCUACUAUAUUUGAGAACUCUGCUGCAAGAACCUAUGUAAGGAGCCUGAUCAAAAUGGGCAUCACUCUCGGGCCACCCCGGUCUUUAGAUAUAAAAUACUCUGUUGAGUCUGGAGACAAUGAGGGAAUCUUCCAGGCUGAGGCGUUUGUUAUGGGAGAUUUUUCUUUCCUCCGUAUACGAACUAAUGGAGGCAGCGGCGCAAUUUUAAAUCGGGAAGUACAAGACAAUUACACAGUGACUGUUAAAGCCGCUGCCCAGGGAGGCUUAGAAGCCUUAGCAACUGUUUAUAUCAAGGUCUUGGAUACCAAUGAUCUCCGGCCACUCUUUUCCCCAACUUCCUAUUCAUUCGUCGUUCCUGAAAGUGCACCCCUGGGUGCCAGUAUAGGCCGUGUAACAGCUACAGAUGCUGACAUGGGCUCCAACGGGGAGUUCUACUACUUCUUCAAGAACAGAGUCGAGCUCUUUGCUGUUCACCCAACCAGUGGGAUUAUAACCUUGACAGGUCAGCCCAGAAUGGACAAACAAGACAAAUUUGAGCUGGAGGUGCAGGUGGUCGACAGAGGGAUGAAGCUCUAUGGGAAUAUUGGCAUCAGCAGCACUGCCAAGUUGGUCCUAACUGUGGGCCAGGUGAAUGAAUUUGCUCCUGUUAUCACCGCAGCUGCUGUCGUUCCAUCAUGGCUGGACAAAGACCCGAUCUAUGCCAUAGUGACUGUAGAGGAUAAAGAUGAUGGGACAUCAGGGGAUAUAGAGUGGGUGUCUAUCAUGGAGGGUGACCCCUUUGAACAGUUUGUGGUAGACAGAUCCUCUGUUGGGAAUGAAUACAGGGUUAAAUCCUCAGAAAUGGUGGACUGGGAUUUAUUCCCUUAUGGAUGCAACUUAACCUUGCAGGCCAAAGACAGAGGUAACCCUCCAAAGUUCUCUAAUACACAAGUUGUUCAGUUGUUAGCCGCAAAACCAGAGCCAGUGUUGGCGAAUUUUGAGAAAGAUGUUUAUGUAGCCAAGCUGAGUGAAAUAGCUCCCCCGGGCACUAUUGUAGAGGUGGUGAAAAUCUCCCCAGCUCCUCUGAGUGUCAAUUACAGCUUCAGCAGCCUCUCAGAUCCAAUGUACUUUGAUAUAAACCCUUUGACUGGAGUUAUCAUGACCACAAGGCAGCUGACAAGGAUAUCACAGGAUUUCAUGGAGAUGGAGGUGGUUGAUAUUUAUAGUCGGAAGCAAGCAAGGAUCCAGAUCAGUAUAGAGGAUGCUAAUGAUAACUCUCCUGUGUUCAAUAGGCCCUUCUAUGAUGUUGCAGUCAACGAGAGCUUACCUGUGGGAACCGUUGUUCUUGUAGUGUCUGCAGUGGAUGAUGACAAGGGGGAGAACGGAUACGUUACCCUUACAAUAAGUGGAGAACAGUUUCUUCCAUUUAGCAUAGACCAGGACACAGGGGAGGUGAGGAUAACAAGAGAACUAGACUUUGAGUCAUCAGAGGACAUCUAUACUUUUGCUGUACGGGCCUCUGAUUGGGGUUCGCCCUACAGAAGGGAGAGUGAGGUUAAUGUCACCAUUCGUCUGAUUAAUAUAAAUGACAACCAGCCUCUGUUUGAGAGGGUUUCUUGCAGAGGGAUGAUAAGCAGGGAUUUCCCAACCAGGGAGACAAUAGUCACCCUGUCAGCUGUGGACAUGGAUGAGCUAGGAAUGGUGAAGUACAGUAUACUAUCCGGGAACGAGUUAGAUUAUUUUGAGUUGAACCCAGACUCUGGGGCUUUGUCUUUGAAAAGAUCUUUAGCAGUGGAUAGUUUAAAAAGUGGGGUAUUCAACUUGAAAAUAGUUGCAACAGAUGGAGAGAUGUUCUCUGAUCCAACAUUUGUGAAUGUUUCCGUGGUGAGGGGUAGGAUGCCGUCCAAGGGGUUCAACUGCAGGGAGACGAGAGUUGCUCAGCUCCUCGCCGAAAAAAUGCUCUCAAAAGUGUCCGCAAUGUCUAGACCAAGAACUGAUGGGAUAUUUACAGACGUUUUCUCUAUGAACAAACAGGCUCCACAGUUUGAGGCCUUGCCCACGAGUAUUUUAGUGAGAGAAGACCUCCCUGCUGAUGCCAGUGUAUUUCAGGUGAGAGCCAGAGACAGUGACACCGGCUUCAACGGCCGUGUCCUCUUUUCCAUAUCUGAUGGUAACAAAGGAAACUGCUUCAAUAUCAACAUGGAGAAUGGGCUGAUAACUAUAUUACAGCCGCUAGACCAUGAACAAGUGGAUCGUUACUUCCUUAAUAUCACCAUCUACGAUCAGGGCGUUCCUCAGAUGUCUAAUUGGAGGCUACUGACCGUGAUCAUCGAGGACGCUAAUGACAAUGACCCCCAGUUUUAUGACGACAACCCCUCUGCUCUUGUUUUGGAAAACUCAUCCAUCGGUAUGGAAGUUAUAACCAUCAAUGCAUUUGACAGAGACAUUGGUCAAAACGGUCAGCUCUCCUACGUCAUGCUGACCAAUAUCCCUCAGUUUGGCGUUGACAGCGAAACAGGAAGUGUAUUCGUUGCAAGCCACUUGGACAGAGAAACUAUCCCAAUGUUCAUCUUGAAGAUUGAAGUGAGAGACAAAGCUGAGAGAGGUACUAGAAGGUCAUCAGUGGCUACCCUGACGAUAAUCGUGGAGGAUGUCAAUGAUUGCGCCCCAGCUUUUAUCCCUAGCAGUUAUAGUGCUCGGGUGCUUGAGGACCUCCCGCCAGGGGCUGUGAUUACAUGGGUGCAGGCUCAAGACCCAGACAUCGGCCCCGGAGGACAGGUCCGAUACUCCUUGAUCAACGAUUUCAAUGGCACUUUUGAGGUCGAUCCUGUGAGUGGAGUGUUGAGGAUUAGGAAGGAGCUGGACUACGAAAAACAACAGUUUUUCAACCUGACAAUGCUCGCUGAAGACAGGGGAGUACCCAGCCUCAUCAGUCAGACGUUUGUGGAGGUGGAGGUGGUGGAUGUCAAUGAGAAUUUGUAUGCACCCUAUUUCCCCGACUUUGCAAUGAGAGGCUCAGUGAAGGAGAACUCACGUGCAGGCACAAGCGUCCUGACAGUCAGCGCAAAGGACGACGACAAGGGGCGAGACGGCAUGCUGAGGUACUCUAUCAGAGGAGGCAGCGGACUGGGCACUUUCACCAUUGAUGAAGACACAGGGGUGAUUUACACUGCUGGUAUCCUGGACUGUGAGACCAAAGACUCCUAUUGGCUCACAGUUUACGCCACAGACAGAGGGGUCACACCUCUGUCAGCUUCUGUUGAAGUCUUCAUACAGGUAGAAGACGUCAACGACAACGCUCCCCUCACCUCGGAUCCUAUCUACCACCCAGUAGUCAUGGAGAACUCUCCCAAGGAUGUGUCAGUCAUCCGUAUCCAGGCGCAGGACCCUGACCUCACCGCCACGCCCAGCCGGCUGAGUUAUCGCAUCAGUGCCGGCAACCCACAGAAUUUCUUCUCUAUCAACCCCAAAACAGGCCUGAUCUCAACAACGUCAAGGAAACUGGACCGGGAACAACAGGCAGAGCACUUUUUAGAGGUUACAGUUAUAGACGGCCCGGUGACCACCCGCCAGUCCACUGUGUGGGUCAUAGUUCACAUUGAGGACGAGAACGACAACCCGCCCACCUUCCCUGAAGUCACAUACCGCAUCAGCCUGACCGAACGAGACCGCAACAAACGUGGAGAACCGGUCUACCGUGUAUUCGCUUACGACCGAGACCUUGGAGCCAAUGGCAACAUCACCUACAGCAUCAUCGAUGGUAAUGAAGACGAAAAGUUCAGCAUUGACCCCAGGACGGCUAUGGUAUCAUCAAAGAAAAUGGUGACAGCAGGAAGCUACGAUAUCCUCACUAUAAAAGCAGAAGACAGCGGCGAUCCCCCACUAUGGUCAACCGUCAAACUUCACGUGGAGUGGAUUCGCAAACCUCUCCCCUCUCCUAUGCCCCUACAAUUCACCCAGAGAUACUACAACUUCUCCAUCGUGGAGACAGCUGCUGUAGCUCAGCCGGUGGGAGUAGUCGCUGUCAGCCAGUCGAGCACGUCUCUUUGGUUCAACAUCAUUGGCGGACGACUGGCCAGAGAAAUGUUUUACAUCCCACAGAAUGCGUGUGGAAGGAACUGCUCACUUGACACAGGGAGCUUUGACAUGCAGUUUGACCUUCAAGUCGGGGUGGGGACUCUAGUCGUGGCCAAGCCCCUGGAUGCAGAGCUGCAGUCCGUGUACAACAUGACCAUACAGGUGACAGAUGGGACCAACUUUGCCACAGCACAGGUGUUCAUCCGAAUACAAGACAGCAACGACAAUCCGCCCAUCUUUUCCCAGCCAACCUAUGAUGUCAGCGUCUCAGAGGACGCGUCUGUUGACAUGGAGCUCGUGAGGGUGAGAGCCACGGACAUAGACGAGCGUUCACGUCUGAGCUUCUCCAUCUACAGCAGCGUGGACCCGGCCAGCAUGAGACUGUUUCGCGUAAAUCCAGGCACAGGAGUGGUCUACACUGCAGACAGGCUGGACUACGAGGCCAGGACUCAGCACAUCCUCACAAUAAUGGUUAAAGAUCAAGAGUUUCCAUUUAACCGUGACCUGGCUCGUAUCCUGGUGGCGGUGGAGGACUCCAAUGACAACAUCCCCUACUUCACUAGCACUGUAUAUGACGCAGUGGCGUAUGAGUCUUCUCCUAUAGACACCUCUGUACUACAAGUGACAGCCUUAGACAAAGACAACGGGAUUAACGGGCAACUCACCUACAGUAUCGAAGCAGGUAACAGCGGCGGUGUGUUUGGCAUCGAUAAUGCCACAGGCCUUAUCUACAUUGCCAGGGACUUGGACGCCAGCUCCCUGGGCUUUUACACACUUACCGUGCGUGUCACGGACAGUGGAUUUCCUCCCUUAAUGGCCACAGCUACAGCGCGCAUAUCCCUGAUCCUCUCCGACUUCUCCAAACCCAAAUUCUCACAGAAGGAGUAUCAGGCGGAGAUCAUGGAGAACAGCACUAUUGGAACACAUGUGACCACCGUUAGCGCUCUCAGCCGCUCCGCACUUUUUUAUGAUAUCACCAGGGGCAACGAUGAGCACUGCUUCUUCAUCAACCAUCACACUGGAGUAAUCAGCACACGCAAGCUACUUGACUUUGAGCAAACAACCUCCUACCUCCUGGUGGUGCAUGCUCUGAGCAUGGCUGGAGUAGAGGCCAGCACCACUGUUAUCAUCCAGGUGGGGGAUGUCAAUGAUUGCCCACCUGUCUUCCAACAAAUCAGGUAUGUGGGUGCAAUCAGUGAGGCUGCUCCAGUAAACAGUGUGGUCUUGGGAGAAGAUGGUAACCCUCUUGUCAUCCAGGCGACUGAUAGGGACCGCAAUCACAACGCCCUGUUAGUGUUUCAGAUCUUGGAUGAGACAGCUCGUAUGUUUUUUAGCGUGGACUCUGGGACAGGAUCAAUCCGAACGAUUGCAAGCGUGGACUAUGAGACCUUCUCUGAAUUUGUCUUCCGGGUUCACGUUAGAGACAGCGGUCAGCCUCCCAGGAGUGCUGACAGCCCAGCAGAAGUGAUUAUAAAGGUGAUCAACGUCAACGACUCCCCUCCAAAGUUAUCACAAGACACAUACGAGACAAUCCUCCUCCUGCCGACCUACUUGGGAGUGGAGGUCCUUAAAGUUGAGGCUUUUGACCCUGACAUGACCCCUGACCUCACCCUGAACCCUGACAUGUCCAUCACCCCCCAGCUGAUUUACUCUCUGGUGGACACCAAUGUGGAGUACUUCUCCGUGGAGCGUUACACAGGAGUGGUGACUGUCAUCAAUGAGAACCUGAGUAAAGACCGGUACCGCUUCAACGUGAAGGUAUGGGACGGCCGUUUCUCCAGUAUUGCGUCAGUUAUAGUGCUCGUACGAGAAGCUAUCGACAGCGGCCUCCUCUUCACCUUCCCCUACUACUCCGCCUCCAUCCCAGAAAACGUACCGAAUGUCACUUUAGUAACCGUCGUAAACACAGUCGGACACCGCCUCAACGAGCCGCUGAAGUACACUCUGCUGAACCCCGGGGGGCGGUUCACAAUCCGUCCGACCUGCGGAGUGGUGCUCACCACGGGUGUGCCUUUUGACCGAGAGGAGAAGAAGAGUUAUGAGCUGGUGGUGGAGGUCAGCAGAGAGGACGAGAUACUGAGGGUGGCUAGAGUGACCGUACAAGUUAAGGUCGAGGAUGUAAAUGAUAAUGCACCAGAGUUUGUGAGCCUCCCAUACUACGCUUUAGUGCAGGUUGAAGCAGAGCCAGGGUCAGCUAUUUUCUCUGCAACUGCCAUCGACCAAGACUCAGGUCUGAAUGGAGAGGUGACUUACAGCCUUAAGGAGCAGCACAGGAACUUCCAGGUGAACCCUGUGACAGGAGAGCUGUCCUUAAAGAGAGCCUUUGAGGUGGACUUAUCUAACGCAGAGUACAAGGUGGUCCUUGUGGCCACUGAUGGAGGCUUCCCUCCUCUGUCCAGCGAGGUGGAGCUGCCUGUCACUGUUGUAAAUAAAGCCAUGCCUGUGUUUGACAAGCCCUUCUACGGCGUCACUGUUAGAGAGGAUGUGUCCGUCUCCACCUCCGUCCUAUGCAUCAACGCCACAAGUCCCGAAGGUCAGAGCAUCAUCUUCACCAUCUCAGACGGGGACCCUUCCCUCCAGUUUGAUAUCGGCUUCGACUCAGGCAUCAUCAGUGUGAUUUACCAGUUAGACUAUGAGACCAUGCAGUACUACCGGCUAACAGUGAAGGCGACAGACACACUGACCGGGGCAAAGUCAGAGGUCGAUGUCGACAUCGUCGUGCUGGAUGUGAAUGAUAAUCCGCCGCUGUUUCAAAACACCUCAUACUCCUCUGUGGUCACUGAGAACUCCAUGAUUGGAACGACCGUAUUACAGGUGUUUGCUCAGGACCAAGACUCAGAGAAGAACGCCAUUGUGAGUUACCAGAUCCUAUCUGACAUCUACAACAGCACCGACUACUUCCUCAUCGACAGCACCAGCGGACUAAUAUUCACGGCCCGCCUGCUCGACUAUGAGUUCACCCAGCGAUACAACUUCAUUGUCAGAGCGUCAGACAGCGGGGACCCGGCCCUCAGCAGCGAUGUCAGCGUCACUGUUUUUGUCACCGACAUGAACGACAACCCACCCAAUUUCAGCCAAACGCUGUACGAGGCCUUUGUCAGCGAGCUGGCUCCCAGAGGACACUUUGUGACUUGUGUUCAGGCGUCGGAUGCUGACAUCUGUGAUGCUCAGAGGCUGAGGUACAGUCUUGUCUCUGGAAAUGACAGAAUGACUUUUAUGCUGGAGCCAGAUACAGGGGUGCUCAGCUUGUCUAACAAGAGGAGACAAGGCAUGAAACUCUCCUAUCAGCUCAAUGUGUCCGUGUCAGAUGGAGUCUUCACCAACACUGCUCAGGUGAUUGUACGUGUGUUGGGAGCUAACCUGUACAGCCCGGUGUUCAGCCAGAGGUUCUACCUGGCUGAAGUCAAUGAAAAUGCUCCUCCAGGGUCAAAGGUCAUACAGGUUCGUGCAACAGAUGAGGACUCCGGGCUGUUUGGCCAGAUCACCUACUCCUUCAUCAAUGAUCUGGGGAAAACGCAAUUCAGCAUUGAUGCAGAUGGAGUCAUAGCCACUCUGCAGAGAUUAGACAGAGAGGAUCCGGUGAACAAGGACAUGGUGCUUACUGUUAUGGCCUUGGAUGGUGGAGGCCGUGCAUCAUUUUGCACCGUGCGAGUUGUACUCGCUGACGAGAAUGACAACGCUCCUCGGUUCAGAGCUGUGGAGUACCGCAUGAGCAUCAAAGCAAAUAUUGGCAAAGGUUCUCUGGUCACACAGAUCCAAGCAGCUGACCCUGACGCUGGGUCUAAUGGGAGGAUCACCUACUCCCUUUACAGCGAGGCCCGCCUGUCACUGGUUGAUGUGCUGGAGGUUGAGCCAGACAGCGGUUGGAUGAUGACUAAAAGCACCGUGGAUCACCUCCAGGGGACUGUGCUGUCCUUCUUUGUCAAAGCAACAGACUGCGGUUCUCCACCCAAACACUCUCUGGUGUCAGCCUUCAUCCACGUCGUCCCUCCAGACGCCUACGUUCCAUCCUUCAGCCAGCCUCAGUACUCCUUCACCAUCCCCGAGGACACAACAGUGGGAACAGCCCUGGGGUCUGUGUACAUGGGUCCCGGGCAGACCGGCUUCUUCACCACAGUCGCAGGAGAGACCGUUGACAGCAACCAGGGAGGGACCUUCCUGGUGGAGAGGGAUUCAGGACUGAUCCGUCUGAUCAAGUCGCUAGACUAUGAACAAGUCAGCAUCUACCGCUUUAAGGUCGCUGCUACAACAAGAAGAGACCUGAUCGAGUCUGUCUCCACUGUAGACCUGGAGGUUAAGAUCUUAGAUGUGAACGACAAUAAGCCGGUGUUUGAGACUAACACAUAUGUAGCCACAGUGAUGGAGGGGAUGCCGGUGGGUACAAGAGUGGUCCAAGUUCGAGCACUUGAUCCAGACUGGGGCUCUAAUGGACAGGUUGCCUAUAGCCUCGGGCCUCUACUCACCUACAACCUGGACAUGACCAAAAAUUCUCGCUCGCUUACCCUCAGCGGCCCCAUCACUACGGGUUCUUUCUUUGCAAUAGACAGUAAAACAGGCUGGAUCACAACAGUGAGCCAGAUGGACCACGAGUCCUGCUCCAGCUACAGCUUUGAAGUGGUUGCCUCUGAUCUAGGAGAGUCACAGUCUCUCUCUUCCACCACUGUGGUGACCAUCACCGUGUCAGAUGUUAACGACAACCCACCUCUCUUUGAGAGGGACCUGUACAGAGGCGCCGUGAAGGAAAGCGACCCCCUAGGCGAGGUGGUAGCUGUGCUUAAAACCAAAGAUCAAGACGGCACAGAUCAAAACCGUCUCAUCAAUUUCUACAUCACGGGGGGAAACCCACGGGGUGUGUUCGGCUUGGCCCUCGUGCAGGGAGAGUGGAAGGUUUAUGUGAGUGGUCUGCUGGAUCGGGAGCAGCAGGAUUGGUAUUUGCUCAACAUCACGGCGAGCGAUGGCCUGUAUGUGGCUCGUACCGCAGUGGAGGUUACCGUCAUGGAUGCCAAUGACAACAGUCCCAUCUGCAACCAGGCGGUGUACAGCGCCUCUUUUCCUGAGGACAUCCCGACUAACAAGGGCAUCCUGUCAGUGGGUGCAACAGAUGCUGACUCAGGCUCUAGCGCUGAAAUCCAAUAUUCCCUGUUUGGGAUUGGGGUCGAAGAUUUCUACAUGGAUGCAAACACCGGUGAGCUGCGCACGGCCACGGCCAUGGACCGAGAAAUGACACCCACCUACAAACUAAUUGCCCAGGCAACUGAUGGAGGAGGGCUGUUCUGCCGCUCUGACAUUUCUCUCAAAGUGUUGGAUGUGAAUGAUAAUGCCCCCACUUUCUCCUCGCCUUAUUACCUAGCUAGUGUGUUUGAAAAUGCUGCCCCCAAGGCUUUGCUUACCCGGCUGCAGGCCAGCGACCCUGAUGAAGGUCUGAACCGUACAGUGGUCUAUUCUCUGGUGGAGUCAGCCAGUGGGUUCUUCUCUAUCGACCCGGUGUCUGGGAUGGUGAUUCUGGAAAAAACUCUGGACAGAGAGAAUCAAGACUCCUUCCGCGUUCGAGUCCAGGCCAUAGACCGCGCUGGGCAACAGGGGGCGCUCUCCACACAGGUUGAUUUGACCAUUCUGGUGCUGGAUGUGAAUGACAAUGCUCCCGUCUUCCAAAGGAGGGAUUACAGUGUUACCGUCCCUGAGGAUGUAGCUGUGGGAACAGAGGUGCUGCGAGUGAUGGCGACAAGCGCUGAUAUUGGCCCUAAUGCUGAGAUCACCUACAGCCUCCGGUCUGGCAAUGAGUUGGCAAAGUUUUCCAUAGAUAUAAACCAGGGGUCUAUUUCUGUGGCUGAUGAUUUGGACUUUGAGGUGUGUAAGGAUUAUUACCUCACAGUUGAAGCCUGGGACAACGGGGAUCCUCCUCUCAGCACUGCUACCAUGGUCACCAUUGAACUCAUGGACGUUAACGAUAAUGCUCCGGCCUUCAAUCAGGACAUCUACAACGUUCUGGUCAGCGAGGAUGCGUCUGUUGGGCAGUCGAUUACCAGGGUAUUGGCAGAAGACCUGGACAGCCAGGUGAACGGACGAAUCACCUACUCCGUCCUGAAGGGUGACCGUAGCAACCACUUCUGGAUUGACCCUGUAACAGGGGUGCUCAAAGUCAAUAAGCGGCUCGACAGAGAACUGGUGUCCAGGUAUUCUCUGUCUGUUCAGGCGUUUGACAGCGGUUCUCCAGCCAUGUCUUCCACUGUGAUCCUUAACAUUGACAUCUCAGACGUUAACGACAACCCCCCUCUCUUCACCCCACCCAACUCCACAGCCAUCAUUCAGCUAAACCAAGCUGCUGACAUCACUCUGCUGAAGCUGUCAGUCAGCGACAAAGACUCCCCAAGAAACGGAUCACCUUUUGAGUUUCGCAUCAUGUCAGGAAAUGAGGGAAAUUUCUUCUCUCUGGACCCGACUGGAACUCUUAAGUCCAACCGUGCCUUCGGCCCUGACUCCCCCAGAGAGUUCACACUUGAAAUCCAGGCCAGUGAUUCGGGGAAACCAAGCCUCACGUCUUCUUCAUGGAUAUUCCUGAGAGUCAUCGGAAACAGUCAGUACAAACCGGUCGUCUCCCCCCAAGAAAUCUUUGUUGUAAUGGUAACCGAUACCUUCUCCGGUGGCCCAGUCGGCCGGAUCUAUGCAACCGACCGUGACCCAAACGACGUGCUGUCGUUUACCCAGAAGCCUCAGCCUAAGAGCAUGUUUAAGAUAAACAGACAGGACGGCACAAUCGUUGCUCUGCCAGGCCUGGAACCCGGCAGGUACCAGAUGAAUGCCACAGUGAGUGAUGGACGUUAUGCAGUGAUAGCUGAUGUCUCAGUCCAGGUAGAGCAGGUAACAGAUGUGCUGCUGCGUAGCGCCCUGAACUUACGCUUCAGCACUCUGUCCGCUGAAGACUUACUCAGUCGCUACCUAAACCAAAUCAGACUACUGCUACGAGGGCUAGCUGGCUGGAAAUGGUCGCCAGGACAGCAGGACCCCCUCCACAUACUCAGCAUACAGCCGGCGAUGGAGACAUCAGGCGUGGACUUGCUGCUGGCCAUGGAGAGGCCGGAGACGUCAGGGAGCAGACGCAUGGGUGGGUUCUACUCCCGGAAAGAGUUUUCCACAAAACUGGGGGAAGCAGGAGAUCGGGGUCAGAUUCGAGGCGUCCUAGCCGGGGCGGUUGUGGUGAGCAACAUCUGUUCAGGGCAGCUGGAUUGUGUGGAGAAAGUGUGUGAGCAGACACUGGUGAUGGAGAGCAGCUCACAGGUUUCCUACAGCACAGAGAGGGUCAGCAUGGUGACACCGAGGUUCAGCCGCACAGAGACCUGCACAUGCCCUGGAGGGACGUGCCCCACUCCUGUGGAGCUUUGUGAGGGUCAGUCCUGUCCCUCAGACAUGCAGUGUAUCCGUUCUGGUCCAACAGCGCCAUCUGUCUGCCAAUGCCAGACUGAGAAACUAGACGAGUGUGCAGGACAGACCUCUCUGAGUUUCUCCGGGAACAGUUAUAUCAAGUACAGAGUGACAGAGAGCGGCCAGAGUGGAGAGAUGAAACUCAAUCUGAGGAUAAGAACCCUUCAGAGAAGAGGAGUCAUUAUGUUCACUCGUGUUAACCCCUGCACCAUGCUGAAGAUUGAAAGUGGUCGACUCUGGUUCCAGCUGGACUGCGACAACACCCUCGGCAUCAUGGGUAUCUCUGGCAGACCAAUAAACGACGGUCUCUGGCAUGCCGUCGCCUUGGAGCUGACUAGGAACUACACCCUCCUGUCACUAGAUGACAGCUAUGUGGAGCGCCGCCGAGCAGCUCGAGCCCCUGUUCGCCUGUGGCCUCUGGCCCCGGAUUCCUCUUUCUUCUUCGGGGCCCAAGUGAGGCCACUUAGCGGGCAACUAGAGAGGCCGAGCCCUGUGCCAGGGAGGAGCCAAGGAGGGGCAGGGCUCGGGGACCGUGGAUUGAGGGGCCCACCAAGAGCCCAGGAUGGCUUCCAGGGCUGCCUGGGCUCUCUGAUGCUGAACGGCAACGAGCUGCCACUUCAGAAUAAGAGGAGCAGGUACGCUGAGAUAGCCGGGCUGAACGAGGUCAAGCUGGGCUGCGUGCUGUAUCCGGAUCCGUGCGUCAGUCAGCCCUGUUUGAAUGGAGCCAUCUGCAGCAGUGUUCCCUCUGGAGGCUUCAUCUGCAGUUGCGGAUCUGGCUUCACUGGAGGGCGCUGUGAAAUCGAGUUGACAUCCUGCAUGUCAAACCCCUGUCAGAACGGAGGGGACUGUAAGCCUGUGGGCAGUGUAUUCCUCUGUGGCUGUCCAAGAGGGCUCGGGGGACUUACAUGUGACGAGGAUGUGAAUGAGUGCGAGCAGGACGGCUGCAGGAACGGCGGCGAGUGUGUCAACACAUUUGGGUCGUUCUACUGUAACUGCUCGGAGGGGUACGAGGGUCAGAGCUGCGAUGAUCAGACGCCUGAUGAUCUGGGAGAUGACAUGCAGGCCGAGCCGCUGUCGUACAUCGGACCAGGAGAGAUAAUUGGCAUUGGCGUCCUCGCUUUCGUCAUCCUCCUCCUUCUGAUACUCUUCAUGGCCUUUAGGAAGAAAAUCAAGUUUAGGAAGGACUCUGACCCGGGCCCUGGAAAUGUGAUGGGUGUGUCAGCCAUCUCCACAGAAACCAGCUACAUGCUGCACAAAACAGGCGUGGGCGCAGAGGGGAUUGAGUUCAAAGCCGUUCGAGUGUCGGGUUCACCGGGGGCCACCAGCACAUAUGGUGAGGUCGGAGGCUGCACUGGGGGUCCUCCACAGGUCCUGGUGCGUCCAACAACCCACUCCCCUUUACCAGGAGGGAUCAUCAACCAGGGAAUGAGGUGUGGAGACGGUGACAAGACGACCUCCAGUGAGAGCAGUCAGUUCAGCAGCUUCCUCUCAGACCUGUCUGCUGUCCGGGGCAUCUCUAACAGGAGGGGUGUGGCGGUGUGCAGCGUGGCACCCAAUCUUCCUUUGGCAUCGUCCUGCCUUGCAGAGCACAGCCCGGCUCACAAGGUGUCCUGGGACGGAGAGGAGACCAGAGAUGAGGCGCUGGAGCGGGUUAGGGAUGAGAGAGAGGACGAGUGGGGGCAAAGAGCUUUUCAGAUGGAGAGAACGCAGAGAGAUAACAUUCCACAGGAGAUGUCGCAGCUGGUGGAUGAGGUGACAUGCCUCUCAGACUCCAUCUCCGAGGAGCACUCCAUCAGUUCCUACACCUCUGAAUCCUUUGAUGAUAACGCCUCCAUAGUGACUGUUAUACGUCUUGUCAAUGACGCAGUGGAUAAUAUUGAAAGUGAAGUGUCGAACAUGGACAAAGAACAGCGGCGGAGCAGCCCUGCCUACCACUGGGAGUCUUCAAGUCAGACCUCUAGUUGGUUGUCGCCUUCACGUCUACGUCCACAAGAGACUGGAUCCAAUUUGAACCUGAGUGACACCCAGCAAAACAUCCGGCGAGGAGGCAGCACCCGCUCCCUCCAGCUGGACUACAGAGUCAUGGGCUUCAGUGGUGACCGGGCCCGAGAGCGGGUACGGGAGACUGAGAAAAGGACCUUCCAGUGGGAGAGGAAUCAGUCAGGAGAGUGGGAGAGGAGACGCUUCCUGGAAAGAGGCGAAACAGGAAGGCCUGAAGAGGAUGGUAUAAGGGGGACGACAAGCCAGGAGCACAGAGACCUUCAGGUGACGCUCAGCCACGACAGCUGUGAAGACUCGCCUGUCUAUGAGGAGUAUCAAGAGUCCAGCCACAACCAGGAGGAAGGUGAAGACUCAGAGAGCCUGUAUGACACUCUACCCCCGACCCGUGCAGCCUAUGAAGGUUACCCAACAAGCCCCCCGGGCGUCAACCUCCACCCAGCUCAGCUCCUUCCUCCUCUCAGGGCCUGGGACCUCCAGGGAGGGGAGUGGAGGGAAUCACAGGAGGAGCGUAGUGGGCUGGAAUCCAGCAGUCUGACAGGUUCGGGGGACGAGCUGGAGAGACUACUGAACCUGGUGUCGCUCAGAGCCAGGAGAGCCACCAGAGUAAACCGAUCCUCGACCAGAUCUGAACCCACAGACUGGGAGGGAUUCCAAUAAGCACACAAGACUGCUAGAAACAAAUAGAUUUAAUAUUUCUUUAUUAAUGAAACAGAGGCAGUGGCCCCCUCUGAUUAAACUCAACUGAUUAAACUUGACAUUUAUAACACCACGCUGCUGGUCCACCACCUCAGAAAUAAUUAAAGGAGAAUAUUACCAUAUAUACUUUUAUUAUCCGGCAUUAUUAUCCAGCUCUAAGCAAACACUAAUCCGCCACCAAUCCCCCGGCUCAUUUAUAAGCAGGACGAAUGAGAGGAAAUAUGUGUUUUCUCCUAACGCCUCUACCUGUGCUGCAUGAGAGUUAACAGAGAUUGGCUGCGAAUCAAUGCUAUUACAUUUAAUAUUUAUAGAAGCACUGGAGCGCAGCAUUUAUUAACAUCAGAAUAUGAAAAGCGCCGGCCUGUCUCUGCUUUAGACAAUGUAUGUACAUAUGUUAGCGUGCAUUUCAUACCUCGUUCUGUUGACACACACAAUCAUUUUGUUUGCUCAACCAUGUAAUGCAUUUCUCAUUUUUAUUGAUGCGCUCAAGGUUUUCUACGAAGAGAACAUAAGUCCCAGAGAUCGCCUCAGAGGUGCCAUUAAGAGUUCCAUUAGUUGUAACUUGGAGUUCUCAUUAUUUCAUUAUUUCCAUGAUAAUUUAUUUAAUUAUAGCAGCAUUUCAUUUGUUUUGUGGCUGUAUAAAAAAAAGCAUCCGGCUCAUAUAACUUGAAUUUAAUACAGCCCUGAGGUCUGCCACAUAUUCUUUAUGUCGCUGUAAGUCAUCCAGAUUCACUUAUGGGCACAGACUUUGAUAUGCCUCUCAAUGUACAUUCUGUGCCCUGUAUAUAUUACCAAAGCAGUGCCACAAAUAGAAUUAAACCCACUUUACCCCUGGUGUCAACAUGUGAUAUUAAUUUUUCAGACUUUAUGUGCUGAAAGGCUUUGAGAAUUAUGUGAAAACGCAGCCGUGAAGUACGAAACCACUCACCCGAGACGUGUACACACAUGGUCGCCACACUGAUAGCACCGUGUAAAUGCUGCUGUGCUCCCAGCUCACACAUAACAAAGCAGAGUUAGACUUCAGUAUUAAACAGCUUUGAGACACAGACAUGACAAGCAGGCGGUAAAGGUAACUUUCCAGUUAUUCGUGUUUUCAUAAUAGCAUUACAGAGAAGUUGUGUCAGACCUGUGGUAGGAAUGAAUCUUUGUGUUUCAUUUGAAAAGGACAGAAACAAACAAACAAAAAAAAAAACAAUGACAUAACCACUUCCAUUGUGAUGAAGAGCAAAACAUUCCAGUCUUAUUCAAGGACAUAAACAACAAACAAUAAACACAGCAUACUUUUAUGUAGAGCUGACAGACAGAGUAUGUGUUAAUGCAAAUCAUUCACAUCAGACAGUGCGCACUGUAAAUGUCUCUUAAUGAAGAUGUAACACUGUGAAGAAAGACUGAAAGAACAUCCAAGGACAGACUGUUCAAAGAUUCAAAUUGUUUUGAAGGAAAAUACCAAUAAAAGUUUUUUUUAUGACUUGAA